CUUUGUAAAGUCUUCCUGGCACCCCUCCACAAGAUCAUCUAUCCAUUUACCACUAAAAGAGGAGUCACAGAAGCUGAAUGUAUCAAAAAUUUUAUUUCACAGUUUUCCCAUUACAACUGUCUACAGCAACUCUUUGUGAAACCCACCCAUUUUCUCAGAAACAAGAUAAAUCAGGUCCUAGGGUCCCUGAUGACACCCUUGAAGAUUCUCUCCAUCACUCGAUACCAAAUUUCACAGUCAGACUUGGAUUUCUUCCCUUGCUGUCAGAGCCUGUUUCAGCUAAAACAUCUGGACUUGAGAGGUGUGGUCUUACAGGAUUUUGACCUUAUGCCUCUGAGAGGUCUCCUAGAGAAAGUGGCAGACACUCUUAAGACUCUGGAUUUGCUGGGGUGUAGGAUAGAGGACUUCCAAGUCAAUGUCCUCCUACCUGCCCUCAGACAAUGCUCUCGGCUCAGAUAUGUCAACUUCUACAACAAUGACUUCUCCAUGGCCAUCCUGAAGGACCUUUUUCAGCACACAGUCAACUGGAGCAAGAUGAAGGUGGAAAAAUACCCUGCCCCUCUGGAGUGCUAUGAUGACUUGACUCAUCUCUUCAAAGAACGAUUUCCCCACCUUUGUCAGGAUCUCGUGGAUACACUCAGGGCAGUAAGGCAGCCCAAGAACAUCUCUUUUGCUACAUUAAUCUGCCAUACAUGUGAUGAGCGUUGUGUCUAUGAUCAGGUAUCUAGACUUUGUGGCUGCUGGGAGUAA